AUGUCAAUCCUUUUGCCACUUUACAUUUACCCUAAUGCUGGCGCUUGGGAUCCGCUAUACGCAGCAGCAAAAGCACAUCGGAAUGUCGACUUCACUGUAAUCAUCAACCCGUGCUCUGGACCCUGUCUAGACUCACUUCCCGAUCAAGUCUACCUUGACGAGAUACCGAAACUACGAGCGUACCCAAAUAUCAGGGCCUUGGGCUAUGUUGCAACACAUUACACCGAGAAAGACAUUGAGAGCGUGUUAGCAGAGAUUGAUAUCUAUGCGAAAUGGCCGAAGGUGACGAACAACACCAAAAUGAGGGUAGACGGAAUCUUCCUCGAUGAAACACCAAGCACAUACAGUGCUGAAGAGUAUUCUUACCUCAAAAGGGCAGGUCAGGCGGUGAAGAACGGGACAUCGUUCAAGGACCGCUUCGUGGCACACAACCCUGGUCUCAUAUCUUCGCGGAUCCUAAACUCUAAGGCUAUAUACCAGGAAUCAUACCUCAAUCUCACAGAUAUCACCGUCGUGUUCGAAGAAACGUUCGACAAGUGGCUCGAUAAAGACACCUUUGACCCACUCCAUUCGCACAAAAUGCCUCGCUCAAAGCUCGCCAUCAUCCUCCAUUCACUACCACACCUGAGCAGACAGGUUCUGGAUUUUGUUAUUGAACAGGUUGAGGAGACUGCGGAUUGGAUUUUCCUCACAGAUGUCAAAGGGGACGACAAAUAUUAUCACAGCUUUAGUUCGAUCUUUGCGGACAUGGUAAAGACUGUGGAUGGCAAAAGAAGAAGACGAAAGCAAUAAGAGAGUCAAAAUUCGCUUCCUGUAUCAUAUACUAG